AUGAUUAGCGGACGGCAGUACUACGAGAUCCCACCCGCUGGCGGCGGCGGGAGCGGCGGCGUCGUCAUCGGCGGCGGUGGUGGUACCCGUGGUGGUGCGGGCACCCACGCGAUGAACGGCCACGGCAGCAUUCAUCGAUUCGACCCGACAUACGUUCCCGGCUACGGCCACGGCGUGCAUGGUUACAGUCGGGGCCAUAGUCACGGUGGUGGUGGCUACUACGAUCGCAACCGCGGGACGCGAGUCCAGCAGUACGACGACGACAACGGCGAUAGCAACAAUAUCAGCAUCAACCACGGCUUCAAGCCUGCCCCCGCGGCCAGGCAAUCCCUCUCGGCGCUGGACGAGAAGCGUGCUAACGAGAUCCGCCGAGGCGUCUACGCCCACGUCUUUCUCGAUGUCAAAAAUAGCAGCAAAUCAGAAGUCUCGUAA